UUUUAGGAGAAAUAAUAAUAAUAAUAAUAAUAAUACACUUUAUUUAUUUUCUGCUUUAUCUCCCCGGAGGGACUCAGAGCAGAUUACAGUAUACACAUAUAAGGCAAACAUUCAAUGCCUUUUACACAGUGAACAAUGACAUAUAAUAGACAGACACAGGCAAAGGCCUUCCCCUUCCAUCUCUGGCGUCUGGGGGCGAUGCUCAACUCUGGCCAUGGGGAGGUGCUCUUGUUCCAUUUUUCGAUGCCGAGGAGCUUGUUGUCAAUAGACAUCUCCAAUCGUGUUGCUGGCAUGUCUGCAUGGGGCGCCCUUUUACCUUCCCGCCGAGGUGGUACCUAUUGAUCUACUUGCUUUACAUACUUUCAAACCGCUAGGUUGGCAGACAUCCCAUGCAUCAUUCAGCAGCAUCGGUUCCUGGCCAAUGCCACCUUCAGCGACUCUGAAGAAGGAAAUGGCAAAAACUAGAAAGAGAAAUGGCUGAAUCGAGUCAUAUUUACAUGUUAUCAUCCAUUAGCAGAGAUAUGAACAAAGGCAAUAGCUUCAUAGCUUACUAUAUAUAUUAAUACAAGAGCACACAAACAGGAUUAUUCUUGGGGAGAACGUUUUGAGCCCUGGGGAACUGACCUUUGAUAAGCCCAUUUGUGGCUUUCACUCUUGGACACUAACUGACCUUCUAAAGACCUGAAAGACCUGUGUCGCCUUAAGCUUACUUUUAAAAAUGUAGGACAAAAGGAAUGGUUUGAAUUUUUUUCAUCUAUCACAUUCUAAUUACACAUAUUCUACGUUCUCCAUCUAUUACAUUCUAUUGAGGCCUUAGGCAUCCUCUCUAUGCCUGAGGCCCAAAUACUACUUGGCACUGUAUCUAAAGAAGUGGGUUUAUAUCCACAAAAGCUCAUGCAAAAACAACUAUCACUUUGUCUUAAAAAUGCUGCCACAUUUUCUAUUUAAGUCUAUUAAAAUGCUGCAGUGUUUCCUAUAUCCAGCAGAGGUCAGCAAGGCUGCAGGUUUGGUUUUAAGAUAACUUUAUGGAUAACUUUCCUACUAUCACCCCAUUUAACCAUUAGAUCCCACUCCCUUCACAGACCUGCAUAUUAUAUCCAAGGAUAUCACACUUAUUUAUUGUAGACCUCAACCACUUGUCGUGCUGGCUCCAUGGUCUCCAGACAGAAAAUUGGAGUGGGGUCCAGUUUAAAUGGUGUAUAAAACAACUCAUGCACACUGCAAAACUAUUGCACCACAAUCCCAUUUUAACUGUGAUGUUUCCCUCCAAUGGCAUCAUAGGAUAUGCAGUUUAAGAAGGGCUUUUUUAUCCAGAAAGCUCUAGUUCCUCACCAAACUACAAAUCCCAGGAUUCCAUAGGAUAUAACCAUGGCAGUUAAAGUGGAACCAAAGUGCUAUAAUUCUGUAGCGUGACUGAUCAACAGGCUAUUAGGCACAAUAAGGUGUAUAGAUUGUUAUGGCUGAUUUUUUUUUAUCGUGUCAGAAGCGACUUGAGAACAUACUGCAAGUUGUUUCUGGUGUGAGAGAAUUGGCUGUCUACAGAGACGUUGCACAGGGGACGCCUGGAUGUCUUAGUUGGGAGGCUUCUCACAUGUUCCCGCAAGCUAGAGCUGACAGAUGGGAGCUCACCCAUCUUGUGGAUUCAAACCAGCAACCUUCAGGUCAGCAACCCAACUUUCAGGUCAGAAGUUCAGCUGGCACAAGGAUUUAACCCAUUGCGCCACUGCAGCUCACCUUAUGGCUGAUGACUUAAUGCCAUCAAACAGUACAUGGGUGUGCUAGAAUGGCACAGUAAAGUGUGAAUACCUGAACCAGAUUCUCAUUUUUGCUCAAUUUAAUGACUUAAGAGAUACAAAAGAGAGAUGCACAAAAUCCAAUUGGGAAGAAACAAGUGGGAGGAGAAGAAUGAUAUUAUUAUUAUUAUUAUUAUUAUUAUUAUUAUUAUUAUUAUUAUUAAUGUUUAUUUAUACCCCGCUUUUUUCUCCAUAAGGAGACUCAAAGCAAAUAUCCCAUGCUUUUGGAGUUUUUUAAACUGUUGCUAUAAGCAAUGAGAAUCAAGGAAGUCUGGCCCAGUAGCCACACAAAUGUCUAGGAGACAAACUUGGUAGGAUAUAGCUGUCCUUUUAGAGCUGGGUGUCCCGUGAAAGCGUCAUGGAUCUGUGGCCCAAAAUGGGACCUGGCCACAUGUAAUGCGGCUUGGGUUCAUUUUGGGUGUAACACAAUGCCAGCUGUUCUGAAAUAGCUUGAAUUGCCCACUUGCUUGGCACGCAGCGGGGUGACUCGAAUCGAGAAGGGGUUGAAUGUCAGGCAUAUAUACAUGCCAAGGAGCCAGCAGAGCACUUGUAUCUCCUUACAGGCAGAAGCUAUGGAAAUGAAUCAUAGAUAUCAGUGGAACUUGAGGAAGGAGGCAUCUUGGCUUCUGAUUUAAUAUGAUAUCUUUUCUCUUGAGCUCCUUCUAAGGAGCUCAAGCUGUGGCAAUGAAAUAUCCCCUUCUCACUUGAUCUUUACAACAUCCCUGUAAAGUAGACCAGGCUGGCAAAUACUAUCCUUGGCAUAAGUUUCAUGAUCGAUUCAUGGCCCCAAUUGAUCAUCUGCCAUCCAACUUGGGUACCCGCCGUUGCCCAGGUUAUUUGUACAAAAUGCAUAUUGCAGAUUAACUACAACUGACACCAUGCCAGGUUAACCCCAAGAAACUCCAUCAUUCCUUCAAGUUUGUUAUGUUGGGCAAGUUUGCUCUGGAUGUAUCAUUGGUGGGGUUCAGUGUUCUCUCUGGCUGUAUGGUAAACUACAAUUCCCACUAUGAUGGGUCAGUCCCUUCAAACCCCUCCAGUGGGUUGAGUUAGUCAUGGGGAUUCUGUGUGCCAAGUUUGGUCCAUGUCCAGCAUCGGUGGAGGUCACUGUUUCUCUGCUUGUGGGUGAACUACAACUUCCAAAAAGGAAGACCAGUUCCCCCCAAACCCCUCCAGUAGUCAAAUUUCAGCAUAUCAGGUAAAUUUGUUCCAAUUCCAUCUUUGAUGGAGUUUAGAGUGUUUACUGAUUGCUGGGGAACUAUACAUCCCAGUAUCUACAACUCCAAAAUGUCCAGGCCAAUUCCCUCAAAACCCAAUAGUGUUCAAAUUCGGGCAUAUCAGAUAUACAUACCAAGUUUGAUCCAGAUCCAUCAUUGUUUAGGUUAAUAGUGUGCUCUGAACUACAACUCCUACAAAUCCUUCUGAAGACCUCCAGUAUUUUUUGUUGUUCAUGGGGGUUCUUUGUGUCAAGUUAGUUCCAGGUCCAUUGUUGGUGAACUAUACAUCCCAGUGUCUACAACUCCUAUAAAUCAUGGUGAAUUCUCCCCAAAACUCUGUAGAAUGUUCAGUUGCUGAUCAAUGUCUCUAUUUGUUGUGUGCCAUAGAAAAGAAUAGGAAAGGGUUAAGGGAGAGGCAGUGGGCGGGGGCAUGCAAAUUCCACACCUAUUGAGAGAGUAAGGAACACUGGGAUGCUUGUGGUGGAGGAAAAACAGAAAAUCUAGGAUGAAAUUGUCCCAGAAUGAAUGAAAGCCUUAACUUGGGUGGUGGGAAGUAUGGUGUUUGUGGAGGACACUGAGAGGGCUCUUGGACAUGUUCAUGGUGCUCACUAUAACCUGCAAUGGCAUUGGUGUCUCCUAAGUGGUGGGACCUAUAGAUAUUUGUGGAGGCAGGAGCUUGUCUGUGUAAGUGGACACACCUUCCACAUAUACACAUACAUAUUUUCACUUUUAUUAUGUGUAUAGAUAGAUAUAGGUAUAACCAGCACCCACUCUUCUAUAUAUAUAAAAGGGUAAUGAAAUUUCGGCCUAGGACAAAACAACAAAACUACACAUCCCAGAAACACUAAACUUGGCAGCACAACCCCUCAUUCAUGCCUCUACGUUCAUACAACAAAAAGGAAAGAAAAAUAAAGUCCUAAUUAGAGGGAGAGGAAUAAUUGUUUUUAUCCAACCAACACCACCACACUAAGCCACAGCAACACGUGGCCGGGCACAGCUAGUAUAUCUAUAUAAUAUUGUAAUUGCUAAAAGUGGGAGAGCAUUUGGGCAUUUCCUUGAGUUUGCGAGACUGCAGUGAAUGGGUCAUUGUUCUCUUAAUAUCAGCUAUUAUCUACAAAAUAUGGAGACAACAGUGUCAGGCUGUGUGUUUUGAAUACACAAAUGCUAUUCAGAUUGGAUCAGGAAUAACAGUGAUGGCGAUGUAUAGAGAGUUGGGGUGAUAUUGCAGUUCGAGUGGGAGGUCUAGGGUGAUCCUCAGAGGAAGGCAAAGGAAAAGCCACUCAAAACAAAUCUUGCCAAGAAAAAAGAGAAAUGACUUGAAAGCAUAUGACAAUGAAUGUAUUAAAAUGAGUGCAGUGUGUUUUCAGGAAAUGCAACUUGGAGGAAAAGCUCCACCUGGGUCUUCAUCGCGACAAGGCCACAACAAAGCUGUAUCAUGUGAGCUCAGGAAACAUUUCCCCAGGGCUUCAGAAAUGAGUCAUGGGCAGAGGCGAAACUUGAAUCCAGGCCUUCCAGCCUGAAAGUAUUAAUUUCCCUUGACUUGAAACAGGCAUUAUAUAAUCCGGGAGCCCCCUCCCCAGCUGCCUGAGCACAGAAACGCAGCCGCCAGUCAAAAGCGCCACUGAAAGCCUUAUCUAAUCUCCUGUAAUAAAAAGGAUCCUUCUCAAAGCGAAAGCAGAGACUGAGUUUGGCCCAUCGCUUCUGUCUUGCGCUGAAUCAAAGAGAAAGCAAAGAAGAGGAAGAGAGAAAAGUGAAGAGACAGGUCAAAAAGACUUCCUGGGAAAUAGUUAGUUCAGCAAUAAGGUAAAGAAAGAUGAGCAGAGAGUCGGAGAGGCUAUGCAUGGAAGAGAAGAUGUCAGAAAGAAAGGAAGGAAGAAAAGGAAGGAAGGAAGGAAGGAAGGAAGGAAGGAAGGAAGGAAGGAAGGAAGGAAGGAAGGAAGGAAGGAAGGAAAAGAAAGCGGAGUUGCUGUGAGUUUUCUGGACUGUAUGGCCAUGUUCCAGAAGCAUUCUAUCCUGAUGCUUAGCCAACAUCUAUGGCAGGCAUCCUCAGAGGUUGUGAGGUCUGUUGGAAACUGGGCACGUGUGGAAUGUCCAGGAUGGGAGAAAGAACUAUUGUCUGUUGGAGGCAAGUGUGAACAUUUCAAUUAAUCAUCUUGAUUAGAAUUGAAAAACCUUGCAGCUUCAAAGCCUGGUUGGUUCCUGCCUGAGGGGAAUCCUUUUGUUUGGAGGUGCUAGCUGGCCCUGAUUGUUUCAUGUCUGGAUUUUCCCUGUUUUCAGAGUAUUGUUCUUUAUUUAUUGUCUUGAUUUUAGAUUUUUUUAAAACACUGGUAGCCAGAUUUUGUUCAUUUUCAUGGUUUCCUCCUUUCUGUUGAAAUUGUCCAUAUGCUUGUGGAUUUCAGUGGCUUCUCUAUGUAGUCUGACAUGGUGGUUGUUACAGUGGUCCAGCAUUUCUGUGUUCUCAAAUAAUAUGAAGUGUCUGGGUUGGUUUAUUAAGUGCUCUGCAAUGACUGACUUCUCUGGUUAGUUUGCAUUGCCUUUCAUGUUCCUUGAUUCAUGUCUAUGUUUGGUGGUCCCUAUGUAGACUGAGUUUGGUGGUCCCUAUCAGCCACGCUUUGAAGUUGCAAGGCUUUUCAAUGCUAAUCAAGGUGAUUAAUUGCAACAUUCACACUUGCCUCCAAGAGUUCUUUUUCCCACCCUGGACUUUCCACAGAGAUAUAAACCCCACUUACCUAGUUUCCAACAGACCUCACAACCUCUUAGGAUGCCUGUCAUAGAUGUGGGUGAAACGUCAGGAGAUAAUUCUUCUGGAACAUGGCCAUACAACCUGGAAAACUCACAGCAAUCCAGUGAUUCCAGCCAUGAAAGAACUCGUGUGGGGGAAAUAGUGGGGGAAAUAGUUGGUUUGGCAAUCAGAUGAAGAAAGGUGAAUGGAGAGAGGAGAGACUAUGAAGGGAAAAGACUGAGAGAGAGAGAAAGAAAAGGAAGGAAGGAAGGAAGGAAGGAAGGAAGGAAGGAAGGAAGGAAGACUUGAGGGAAAAGGUUGGUUCAUCAUUUAGAUGAAUAAAGAAGAAUAGAUAGAUGGAGGGGCUAUACAGGGAGAAUGAGAGAGAGAGAGAAUGAAAAGAAAAAUGCUUGCAAGUAGAUAGCUCAGCAAUUAGAUGAAGCAAAAUGAAUGAAGAAAUGGUUGUGCAGAGGAAAGAAGAUGAAAGGGAGAGAAAGGGAAUGAAAGAAACAAGAAGGAAAGAGAAACGCAACUUCCAGAGGUAUGGUUGAUUCAACAAUUGGAUGAGUAAAGAUGUAUGGAGAGAUGGAGAAGCUGUGCAAGGAAAGGAAGGCGAGAGAGGAGAAAGAACAGGCAGACAGACAGGCUAGAGACUUGCUGCUUUUGCCAGAGUCUCCCCUGGUGAAGAAGUUAUAUACAGCCCUGCUGACUCCCUUCUUCAUUUCCUGGGUGGAGCUGGCGCUGGGGAGAGGAGAAAAAAACCGCUUUAAAAACCUCCAAGCCCUCAGUCAGCAAGUCCCAACAGGAGUGGUAAAAUUACAGCCUUUCCUGCCGAGGAAGAAAGGAGAGCCAGCUGGCUCUGGGGAGAGAAGAAGCGGCAGGAGGCAGCGGCAGCAAAGCCAGAGCAGAGCCGUCUGGAGGAGCCUCCCGAAUCUUGACCCUGGAUUUGGCCCCAGUCCCCAAAGCAAGUGUGGUGCCACAUUCCUAGGAACUUGGGGCACCUCUUGUCUUGGGCAAAGCUGGAGUGCCUUGACUGGCUAAGAAAGGAUCCUUUCUUGACUUGCACCAGAGAGGCAAAGUGUGCUGGCCUUCUCCAGGAGAUGGACAUUUGGGCUGCGGCCGUGGUCUGGUGCCAAGGGUGAACUUGGUCAUAUCUGGCAACCGGACACAUGGACAGCCGAGGUGCCGAGGUGAGUUACUCGUCACCUUUGAGAAAGUGCCAUCCUGAAUGGUUGAUCAAUUGAUCCACUCCAAGUAGGAAAAAACUCUAGUAAGAAAAGAAAACUAUUGUUUUGAAGGAUUUCAUGGCAAGUGACACAUUGAUCGGAAACAGGCUUCUUGUUCAGAUGACAGAGGCUUAAAAAGAAGUGAGUAAACGUCAAUCAAAGUUUUGUUUUCCUUUUUCUCUUUCCCUUCCUGGGGGCUGAGCUAAAGAGCAGAAGUGAGACGGUGGGAGGAAGCAUGAAGCAGUCGGUGCCAAGAGGCUGCAGCUGGCAGAGUGAUGCCCAACGUGCCCCGGCGGCCCUUGGCAUGCGUCGGCGGGCCCUGGGCUGGCUUUUCCUCCUGCUCCUGGCCUUGGAGCACUUCUGCUCCGCUUUGGCCCUCUCCACCUGCAAAACCCUUGACAUGGACAUGAUGAAGCGCAAGCGCAUCGAAGCCAUCCGAGGCCAGAUCCUCAGCAAGCUCAAGCUCUCCAAGCCGCCGGAGGUGGAGGACCCGGACUCCAGGGUCUUGUCCGAUGAGAUCAUGGCACUCUACAACAGCACCUUGGAGGUGAUCCGGGAGCGGGUGGCCGAAGACCCCAAGGAGACGCCUCAGGAGGAGUAUUACGCCAAGGAGAUCCACAGGUUCAACAUGCUGCCGCUGAACCACGAAAGUUAUGGGGAGCAGUACAAGAAGAACCUCUACAGGACCUUCUUUGGGUUCAACUUGUCGCAGAUCUUGACCACGCUCCAGGACCCCAAACUGCUGUACCGCGCAGAGCUGAGGAUGCGGGCCUCAGGAAAAAGUCAAGAGCAGCAGCGGCUGGAGCUUUACCAGCAACAGAAUCAUUUUUCAAACAUGUCCAACUGGUACUACCUGGACAGCCGUCUGGUCAAGUUCAAGGAGGAGAAGGAAUGGCUUUCCUUUGACGUCACCUCCGUCCUCCGAGUGUGGCUUGCAAGUGGAGACGAACUGGGACGAUUCCGCCUCUGCGCCCACUGCUCAUGUGAAGGCAGGCCUGAAGAACUGAAAAUGCAAGUAGAAGGCACUAAAACAAAGCGAGGGGACCAGGAGCUGCUCAGCCAGGAAAAGCAGCAGCUGCCCUACUUGCUGGUGAUGGCGAUGCCCCUGGAUCGGGCGCAGCACCUCCAGAGCCACCGGCAAAAGCGUGCCGCCGCAGGCUUGGACUACUGCAGCGCAUCACCAGAGGAGAAGAACUGUUGCGUGCGGCGCCUUUACAUCGACUUCCGUAAGGACCUGAAAUGGAAGUGGAUCCAUGAACCGAAGGGCUACUAUGCCAACUUCUGCAUGGGACCGUGCCCCUAUCUCUGGAGCUUAGACACUCAGUACAGCAAGGUCCUGUCGCUUUACAACCAACACAACCCGUCCGCGUCCGCCACCCCAUGCUGUGUCCCCAAUGAGCUGGAGCCCUUGGGGAUUGUCUAUUAUGUCGGACGCCAAGCCAAGGUAGAACAGCUCUCCAACAUGAUUGUCAAAUCGUGCCGAUGCAGCUGAGGAAAAGGAGCCACGGACCCGGGUUGGCAGUUUUUAAUAAAAACCCACGGGGGAAAGGGGUCAAGACUGAAGAAACCGAGAAAGACAGACUGCUCUUUGAUUUCCCCCUACACCUCAAGAAAACCUCAUGCCAUUAAGAAAAAACUUCUUCUUUUCUAAAAAAAAAUCAUUCAGUGACAGUUAUUAUUAUUAAUAUUAAUAUUUUAUUAUUUUAUUUUGUAUGUUUUUUGGGGGGGAGGGCAGAGCAACCACCUCAAGAUCUUUUUAAUGACUUUGCUGAGAGAAAGUAUAAUGACUAUCAGAGUAAGAAUAGUUGUUUUCAAGACAGAAGAAGAGGCUUUUCGCUGCGCUGCCACCAGUAUCCCUCUGGGCAGAAAGGAUUGGAAGAAUAAGCUGGACUUUUAACGUGGGCAAAAGCCAAAAAGCAUCUCCAAAGCGAAGUUUAGAAACACAACAAGAAGUCAUGGUUUGGAGACAAGAAUGUCAGAGCGGUAUGGCUCCGAUCUGCUCCAGACUGCUGCCCUCGGGACGGUACGAAUGUGUCCAUAUUUCUCGCAGGUGCCAGGGUCGCUGGACGAUGCCAAGGUCACCUGGUGGGAACCUCUUUCAGGUCUUUGCCCCACCCCAAAAGAAGAGGGCAAAUAGGGAGAGGCCCCUCUUCGAUGCAUAUUUCAAACGAAGGACAUUUCCCAAUCUUAUCAGAGAUCUCCGUCCUUUCUAGAAGACAACACAAGGCACGGCUGUUAUUGUGUUGGCACAAAGACAUCCCAAACUUUCAUGUUUCAGACAUUUGGGACUGAGUUCUCAGAAUUCCUGAUGGACCAAGGAUUCUGGGAAUGGAAGUCCAAAACACGAGGUUCAUAGAUUGGCUUACCGCACGCAAGAACAAAACUAAAUGUAUUGCCAUGACUCUGUCCAUAAACUACAUGUAUCCGUCUUCCGGCCCCUUGGUUCUGCCUCUCCAGCGAGCCAAUUAUCUACCCUUUGACUUUUCCAGUUGUAGAAGGGGCUGGGACUCAAAAGGGCUGAAUAUAGACUUUGUCUUUGAUGGGAUGUCGGGAUGGGGAGAGAUAUUUUUGCACUCGUCCAAUGCUUGGCAAACUGCUGCACCAGCAAUACAAAUGGGAAGGGGAAGGGCAAGGGUGGGUGGGGGAAAAUGUUGAUUUCACUGUCAUUUUUGAGUGUCAUAUUAAAGAAGAACAUUUCCUGCUUGGGUCUA